AUGGUCACUUUACGUCGCCUUACCAUUACCCAAGGCCUUUAUUUCCUAGUUGGAAUUGGCCUAGCUGCCAACACAUUCCUCCUUCUCUUCCACAUUUUCAUACUUUGUCUGGGUCACAGGCCUAAGCAGAUCGACCUUGUCCGCUGCCACUUGGCCCUUGUCCAUGUAAUUAUGCUCCUAACUUUACUGUUUUUGAUGUGUCCAGACCUGUACGAAUCACUGGGCUUUCAGGACGACUUCAAAUGUAAGGCAUUUGUCUUUACGAACAGGGUGAUGCGGGGCCUUGUCAUCUGCACCACCUGCCUCCUGACCGUGCUCCAGGCCCUCACCCUCAGCCACAGCAACUCCUGGCUGGCCAGGUUCAAACAGAGAACUCCAACUGCCACCAUCUGCUCUAUCUUCCUCUUCUGGGUAAUCAAUUUGUCUGUCUGUAUUGAUCUCAUAAUCUACACUGUUUCUUCAAAUGGGACGAAGAGCAAUUUUCCAACCAUCAGUAAAUUCUGCACCCUUUCUCCAAAAAUCUCCAGUGACUUGCUUUUCCUGGUGACAAUCUCCAGAGAUACCACUGUUGUUGGGGUGAUGCUGCUUUCAAGUGCAUACAUGGUGAUGCUCUUGCUUAGGCAUCAGAAGAGAUCUCAACACCUGACCACCAGUCUUUCUCCAAGAGUCUCCAUGGAGAAAAGGGCUACUCUGAUUAUCCUGGUCCUGAAGUCUGUUUGUGGGGACAUUGUUGGUGAGAAACGUACGUUGGUGUAG